AGACAAGACUUCGUUUUAAGGCACUUUUACACUAGAACAAGGCACCAGGCACAGGAUUUACACGGUCUGGUAGCUUCUGCGAGCCGUACACAUAAAGGAGGCGGAGUCUAGGGCCCGGUGCUGCCUCCGCCCUGGGCACACAUAGGAGGGGCUGCAGCCAUGUACCUUGAGCAGCUGAGCUGGAAUAGACAUAGACAGAUCUGUGGCUGCACAGACAGCAGCAGGAAGAGCGGUGUCUGGGGGACAGGAAUCAGGAUUUGGACUCUGGGCUUUUGCACAUAAGGUGUGAUCAGUGCACGGAUGUCAUUGUAUCGGGGUUGUUGCACAGUGACAUAAGCGACCUUGGAGACCCAGUUUGCGUGAGCAGGCAGCUGCCUGUUUUCCCUGUCCCUAAGGUGCUGCUGUUGCUACUACCUGGAUCGCUUUUAAGAUGCCUGGCUAUGAUUACAAGUUCUUAGAGAAGCUCAGGCGCAAGUUUGUGUGUCCACUAUGUGGCAAGGCAAUGAGGGAACCUGUGCAAGUGUCUACUUGUGGCCAUCGCUUUUGUGAUACCUGUCUGCAAGAGUUUCUCAGUGAAGGUGUCUUCAAAUGUCCCGAAGACCAACUUCCGCUUGACUACGCAAAGAUUUAUCCAGACCGGGAGCUGGAGACUCAGGUCUUGAGCUUGACCAUACGGUGCAUACACAGUGAGGAAGGGUGUCGCUGGAGUGGUCCGGUAAAACAACUUCAGACUCAUCUGAGCCUUUGUGCCUUUAAUGUCAUUCCUUGCCCUAACCGCUGUAGCACUAAACUGAGCCGCCGGGAUCUGCCGGAACACAUGCAGCAUGACUGCCCAAAGCGUAAAGUCCGCUGUGAAUUCUGUGGCAGCGACUUCACUGGAGAGGCGUACGAGGAUCACCAAGGCUGUUGCCCUCAGGAAAGUGUGUACUGUGAGAAUAAGUGCGGCGCUCGCAUGAUGAGGCGAGUUCUGUCCCAGCAUUCCUUGGCAGAAUGUCCCAAGCGCACGCAGCCUUGCCCUUACUGCAAUAAAGAAUUUGUGUUUGACACUAUUCAGAGUCACCAGUUCCAGUGCCCACGUUACCCAGUUUCGUGCCCUAAUCAGUGUGGGAUCGCCAACAUUGCUAGAGAGGACUUGAGUGGACAUCUUAAAGACAGCUGCAGCUCCGCUCUGGUGCUUUGUCCUUUCAAAGAAUCGGGCUGUAAACAUAGGUGCCCAAAGAUAAGUAUGGCUCGUCAUCUAGAAGAGAACAUGAGGGCCCAUUUGAGUAUGAUGUCUUCUCUGGUAAACCGUCAGAAGCAGGAAAUCCUGGAGCUGCGAAAACAAGUUGAGGAACUGUCUGUGGGCAGCGAGGGGGUGCUUAUCUGGAAGAUCAGUGAUUACUCCCGAAAAGUACAGGAGGCCAAGAUCAGAGGCAACUACGAGUCAUUUAGCCCAGCCUUCUAUACUCACAGAUACGGCUACAAGCUUCAGGUUUCAGUAUUUUUGAAUGGAAAUGGUAGCGGGGAGAACAACUACCUAUCUGUUUACAUUAGGGUCCUUCCAGGAGAGUAUGACAGCCUACUGGAAUGGCCUUUUUCAUACCGGGUCACCUUUUCCUUGCUUGACCAAAGUGAUCCAUCUCUUUCUAAACCCCAGCAUAUCACAGAGACAUUUAACCCUGACCCCAACUGGAAGAACUUCCAGAAACCCAGUAGUUCCCGAAAUUCUCUGGAUGAGAGUACCCUUGGCUUUGGUUAUCCAAAAUUUAUCUCCCAUGAGGACAUAAGGAAACGUAACUAUGUGCGGGAUAACUGCAUAUUUAUCCGUGCAUCUGUGGACAUCCCACAGAAAAUCAUUGCAUAACUGGAGGAAGUGGGCACUGGAUAGAACAAUUUCAGCUCUUGCUGAACAGGAGGUGGUUAGUUGUUUUGUUUUGCCCUGUACAUUGACCAAGUAAACUGUGAACUUUUGACUUUCAUGGCAAAUUGAUCAUACCCUGCUGAGGUACAUUUUGUGGAUGAGAGACCCAAAGAAAACUUUAAAGGUGGCCAAAACCAAAAAACUUACACCUUUUUUGUCCACUUCUCUGCAACCUUGUAAGGCAGUGGUACCAAUGUGACAAAUCCCUAGCCAGCCUUUCUUAUAUCUAAAUUUUUGUCCUGAAGGAAUGGGGGCCAGAUCUUUACUAUGCUGGCCUUCCCUGUUUGUCCGAACUUUCAUUUCAUGAACAACUUUAGCAUAGAAACAAUCUGCAUACAGUGGCAGAGCAAAUUGCUGUCCACAAUCCUGGCACUCAAUGAACCACAAUAAUAAAUACAGCACUGGAAUUCUGGCUUUCAAUUAAUGUUCUAGAAUAAUACUAAACUGUAAUGAUCGUAGACUUCUUAAGGUCAAAAGCUUUUCCCUUUGUGAUUGGUAGAUGAUGUACCACCCAAAAGGUGCUAAUAUAAAGCCAAAGUGUCUAAGCAGAUCUAUUUGAAUUGUAAUGCGUUCAACCAAUAUAUAGAACGUACAGGUGGGUCUACCUCAGGGUUACCGUUGUAUGGUGCUGGGGUAUUGUAACCACUAAAUAAGACACUAUUCUGCUUUGUGGUUUAAGGGAACAUCCUAUGUAAUUGUUAUGACAUGCAAAUCCUUUGGCACUGCAAAAUGCAAAUAUUAUGUGUUUAUUAAAAAAGAUUUAACUAUAUUUCCCCUUAAGGAAAACAGGACCAGGUCCUGUGGACCUUACCAGCACUGAGGGGGAAUACAUGCGUUUGUAUUGUGUGCAGCAUUUUACAGUUGCAAACAUUUUCUAUAUCUUUACAAUUUGUACUCUUUUUACUCAUUUUGUAACUGAUACAGUUUGAUAACUAAUUGUGCUGCAGAGACCUGGGGCUUGAUUUAGUUAAUUUCUUUGUUUCUGAUCAAUGUUACCAGAAUGUUGUGUGAAGUGCUCUGUUUUGUGACCCUUGCCAUGACAAAGAAAGUAACCAAUACCAUUAUGCAUUUUGUUAACAUUGUGUAGUGUAGCAACAGUAUUUAGCGCCUGUGUGCUGUGGUAGCAAAUAAGAUUGCUCAUGUUGCCAGGGAUGCAUUGUAAGCCACAGGUGACCGUUUAAAAUAAGCAGUACUAUAAUUCAUUGACUCUCUACUUCCUGAACUACAUUUAGCCACAAGUGCUACCCAGGUGCUGAACCAAAAAUGGGCCAGCUACUAAGCUUUACAUUACUGCUUUUCAAAUAAAGAUAGCAAGAGAACAAAGAAAAAUUGAUAAUAGGAGUAAAUUAGAAAGUGGCUUAAAAUUGCAUGCUCUAUCUGAAUCAUGAAAUCUGGGUUUAGUAUCCCUUUUUAAUAAGUUCUUUUUGGUUUAGUUUCUUGAUCGAUCCAAGCCAUAACUUAAAGGGACAGUCUAGUCCAAAAUAAACGUUCAUGAUUCAGAUAAAGCAUGUAAUUUUAAACAAUUUUCCAACUUACUUUUAUCACCAAUUUUGCUUUGUUCUCUUUGUAUUCUUAGUUGAAAGCUAAACCUAGGAGGUUCAUAUGCUAAUUUCUAAGCCUUUGAAGGCCGCCUCUUCUCUCAGGGCAUUUUGACAGUUUUCACCACUAGAGGGUGUUAGUUCAUGUGUGUCAUAUAGAUAACACUGUGCUCACACACGUGGAGUUCCUAGGAGCCAGCACUGAUUGGCUAAAAUGCAUGUCUGUCAAAAGAACUGAAAUAAGGGGGCAGUUUGCAGAGGCUUAGAUACAAGAUAAUCGCAGAGGUAAAAAGUGUAUUUAUAUAACUGUGUUGGUUAUGCAUAACUAGGGAAUGGGUAAUAAAGGGAUUAUCUGAUUUUUAAAACGGUCUCCUCGAAUAUUGAAUUGACAUGGUUUAUUCAUUGUCAAAUACAGGAUUGUAACUUUUCAUAGUAAGAAGGUAACAAUGGACUAGUAACUUUGUACCCUGAAUGGUAAACUAACUUUACCCAACAACCUUUUUUAUUUUUAAGUGGAUACACCUGGUUCUGUUGGUGUAUUACUAUAAUGACAUUUAUAUAUUAGUGAGUGGGCCAAAGUGUUCUUUCCAAUGAGAUUUGUUAAUUUUUCUAGUUCUACAAAAGAAACCCAAAUAAACCUAAAUCUAGUGCUUCCUUUAAUAAUAAAAAAAUCUUAUAAAUACUUUUUUGAAAUAUUUAUUGAGAUGAAACAUUUAUAAAACAUAUGUGGAGAUAAAUCUAAAAAGGAAGACAGCUGAUAAUCAGUAAAAGAUUAAUCUUUACCCCCUCAUUAUUUAUUCCCUGGUGCUAAUGACUUAUUUAUAUCUAUAUAUGUUAUACAUAUACACUUUCAAAAUCUACAAUAAUCCCUGUUAAGAAUAGCAAGUAACUAGUUUAUUGACCCCCUUUAGAUUGUUAUGAAUUGUAGUCCGUUUUGGUUCUAGAAUGCCUUUUGUACCUUUUUAGGACCUCAGGAUAUCAGUAUCUGUGAACUGGUGGUUUUCUCAGUGACUUUUCAGUUGUGAAAUACAGUUGCUCUCCUGUUUUCAAGACUGGUGUCCUUCCUUGCAGUUGGUGAUAAGAUCUACUGACUGGAAUUGUCUUACAAUACAACUCCCCAUUCACAUUACCAGAGCACUUCAUAAAAUGAUGAUUGCUUGUUCACUAGCAAGAAAUCCUAAAACCUGGUGGGACUCCAGGUUAGUGUGGCAAAGAACAUGCAAUAAAACUGACGAUUGUUACAUUGGUGUUAUAUAGGGUGUCUGAAUCUGUUAUCUGUUUAAUUAUUUAUUGUCUAGUUCUCUGUUAAAUGAAGAAUUAAUGUAUGGAAAGGGAGGGGGUGGCCGAUUUUGUCUUUAUACUUUUGUAUAAUAAAUCGUCUCCUUAUUGGAUUUCUAAA